AGGUGCACGGCGGCAGCACUUCGCGGAGGCAGGAAGUGUGUCCCCAGCGGCGGCCCGUGGAGCGCUCCCGCGAGACGCUCACCUGCGCCCCAGGUGAGCGGCGAAGGGGGCGGGGGAAGCGCUGAGCCGGAGGCCGCUCACCUGGCGGGACAGGUACCUGGCUGCAGGAGACCAUGCAGUGAGCCAUGCCCCGGCCAGGACAGCCCCGCCCAUCAUCUGGGCCACCUCGCUUGGGACCCUGGGAACAGCCAACAGAGCUAUGCUUGGAGGCGUAUAAUGAAACACCCCAGCACCCACCAGGCCGCCGCACCCGGAGGCCAGACCCCAAGGACCCUGGCCACCAUGGGCCAGAGAGCAUUACCUUCAUCUCCAGCUCUGCAGAGCCGGCCACCGAGCCCCCAGCCUGCUGCCUGCUCUGGCGCCCCUGGGGGUGGGACUGGUGUCGGGCUGCUUUCUGCUUCCGCCGCUGCCGGGAUUGCCUCCAGCGCUGCGGGGCCUGUGUGCGGGGCUGUAGCCCCUGCUUGUCUGCUGGGGACUCCACUGAGGAGGCUGCUGAAGCCAGCUGGGCCAAGGAGCACAAUGGAGUACCCCCCAGCCCCGACCGCCCACCCCCUAGCCGCCGGGAUGGCCAGCGGCUCAAGUCUGCCGUGGGCAGCAGCUUCAGCUACCCUGAUGUCAAGCUCAAAGGCGUCCCUGUGUACCCCUACCGCAGCACCACCUCCCCAGCUCCGGACUCGGACUCCUGCUGCAAGGAGCCACUGGCCCAGCCCCCUCCCACGCGGCACAGCCUGCCGAGCACCCUUGCCAACAGUCCCCGAGGCUCAGAGGAGUACUACUCUUUCCACGAGUCGGACCUGGACCUGCCGGAGAUGGGCAGUGGCUCCAUGUCGAGCCGGGAAAUCGACGUGCUCAUAUUCAAGAAGUUGACCGAGCUGUUCAGCGUACACCAGAUCGACGAGCUGGCCAAAUGCACGUCGGACACGGUGUUCCUGGAGAAGACCAGUAAGAUCUCGGACCUGAUCAGCAGCAUCACGCAGGACUACCAUCUGGACGAGCAGGACGCCGAGGGCCGCCUGGUGCGCGGCAUUAUUCGCAUUAGUACCCGAAAGAGCCGCGCCCGCCCACAGACCUCAGAGGGGCGCUCCACCCGGGCUGCAGCCCCAGCUGCUGCCCCUGACAGUGGCCAUGAGACUAUGGUGGGCUCAGGUCUCAGCCAGGAUGAACUGACAGUGCAGAUCUCCCAGGAGACAACAGCAGAUGCCAUCGCCCGGAAGCUGAGGCCAUAUGGAACCCCAGGGUACCCAGCCAGCCAUGACUCGGCCUUCCAGGGCACUGACACAGACUCCUCAGGGGCACCCCUGCUCCAGGUGUACUGCUAAUCCCUGCUGGGUACAGCAGGCACAACCCUUCUUGGGAGCAACGUAGCCUACAAAAUAAAGAGGCAUCAGGACCUUCUUUGAGGGAGGCUGGACUGUGAGGCCAGAAGCAGUGCCCACUCUAGCUCUUCCUGCCUUCACUGACUGCUUCCUGGACCAUGUGCAUUUCACAGGGCCAAAGUGCCCACAUCCCCAGCUGGCCUGACCCCUGCCUGGACCUAUUCCUUUCUGUGGAUCGAUCAUGGAAAACAAAGACUUAAAGUUAUCUUCCAGGACUGAAUCCCAACUCUGUCCUUGUAAUGUCACCCCAAGUAGUCAUCAUUGCAAACUUGAAGCUUAAGUAGACUGAGUUGUGGGUGGGCAGUGCCCACUUCACUUUAUGCUGUUGAGCAGUUUGUUCUAGCUAACAACCACAGUUGAAAGUACAAAGGUAAUGGACUCCUAUCUUAUAAUCUGGGCUACAACAUAGUCCUUUCUGCCUGCUUUGCCUUGCCUAAUGGCUGCCCAGGAGACAGGACAUGGGUAUGAGGCUGGGCUGUGUGGCAGAGUUGAGGUCAUGAUGUGGAGCAAUACUGCCUGUGUUCCAAGAACAGUGUGGUACCUGAAUAGCUUUUGGACUUCUCAGUUCUAGGGAUGGUUGUUGACACCAUCGCUGCUCCCCCUGUCCACUGCCUGCAGGCUGGCCUGUCAGCCAUC